CCUCGUCGCUGCCCUGGCCAUGGCCUCAGCCAGCCCCGAUCGCGAGCGUCGCUCCCUCGGCUGGGGACACAAUGGAGCAGUGGUGUUAGGUGGUGUUUUACCCGCCUUGGCUCCUUCAGUGGCGGUCGUGGGGCCAGCUGCCCCAGCUGCGGCGGUCGUCGGCCCUGCUGCGCCAGCUGCGGCUGUGGUUGGACCAGCCGCCGGGUCCGCCGUGGUGGCUGGGCCAGCCGCUGGCCCCGCUGCGGUCGUUGGACCCGCCGCGGGAGCAGCGGUCGUGGCUGGACCGGCAGGAGCGGUGGUGGCGCCAGCAGCGCAUUGGUAGACCCCGGAUUCGACCACCCCCUCCCCCACAGCUUAAGACAACUCGAACGAUUUCUCUCGUGAACAUGGAAACGGCUUCUCAUCGACCUCCAUCCGCGGGACUUGGAUCAAAAAAAAAAAAAGCUCAACGUUGCUCCACAUCGAAUCGAAGACUCCGUAAUUUGAAUGAAAUGGAACGAAUUGUAACGACGAUUAUUCUUGCUUUCUUUUUCUUUUUUUUCUCUCUGUCUCUUUCUCUCUAUUUCGUUCUCGAGACAAAGAAAAGAUCUGCUCGAUUCACGAUUGACAACGUAUCCGAGUUUCUCCGAGGUUCUUUCGCGUAUAAUUCCUUGUAAUUAUUAUCCAUAUACACGUUACACGCUUUUGUAUAUUUAAUAAAUGAAGCUCCACUGUA